AUGUCCGACUUUGCCCCCCCAUCAGGGCCUCCGCCGCCCAAGGCUCCCGAAGUCCCUUCCGGCUGGACCGCCCGGUGGAACGACCAGUAUAAAGAAUGGUUCUACGUCAACCUCUACACCAAGAAAUCCCAAUGGGACAAGCCUACCCACCCCGUCUAUCCUGAGGGUGAGGCUCCGCCUUCAGAUCCCCCUCCAGGCUAUGACGGCCACGGCCGCAACUCCCCCUACCCUUCCGACCAUAAGACGAACCCCUAUAGCAACUCAGGCAACAACGCCGGCUCUUCAUCUAGAAGCCAUCAAGAAGAUGAGGAUGCGCGUAUGGCGGCCAGGUUACAGGCCGAAGAAAAUGCGCGAGCCCAUGGCGGCGGCUACAGCGGUGGCGCUGCCGACUCAUACCGCCAGGGACAGAGCACCAGCCCAUACCCUCCGCCUGGAAGCAGCCCCUAUGCUUCUCCUCCUCCCCAGCAGCAGCAGGGGCAGAGCGGCGACCGAGGCCUACUGAGCAGUCUCGCCGGUGGCUUUAUCGGCUCCAAGCUGGGGAGCAAGAAUAGCAACUCUCACAACGCCUCUCCCAGUGGCUUCCCCGGCGCUCCUGGCGCAGGCCCCUAUGGGAACUACGGACCGCCACCACCGCAAGGCUAUGGACCGCCGCCGCCCCAGGGAUAUGGCCCUCCAGGCUACGGAGGAACGCCUGGUGCGUACGGCGGUGGCUACGGCCCUCCCCCUCAGCAAUACGCUCCGUCUCCUCAGCCGAUGGUGGUGCAACAGCAAGCACCGCCUAGAAAGAGCGGUGGCCUUGGAGGCUUCGGAGGAGCUGCUCUCGGUCUCGGUGCUGGUGUGGUUGGUACUCUACUGGUGGAGGAUGCGAUUGAUCACUUUGAGGACAAAGGAUAUGAGCAGGGCUACGACCAAGGGUACGAUAACGGAUUCGACAACGGAUACGACGAUGGUGGUGGUGAUUGGUAA